AUGUCACAAACUUCAAAUCAGGAUCACUCAAACCUAAUCAACAAGAACACUAUCACCACUACUGCUGAAUCAGAACUACCAACCAAUGAAGAAAGUCUAUCAAUCUUAGAAUCAAUUCAUCAACUUCAAUCAACUUCAAUCAACAAUAACAAUAGCAAUAGCAACAGUAGUACUCCACUUCAAUUCACUUCAACUUCUCUGGCUGAUUCAAUUCAUCAACUUCAUUCAUCUUUACUAUCAAACUCAACCUCAUCUGAUCCUAACCUUGACCCUUUUCUAGCUUCACUUCAUCAACUAACUUCAUCUUCAACUUCAUCAUCUACUCUCAUCACAACUGCUCCCAUCGAUUCCUCACUUCCAUCUCUCGAAAUACCUACUUCGGAAGCUGAAGUUCAUUCUCAACUCUUCUCUCUCGACUUUGAUCAUUCAUCUGUACUAGACGAUCAUCAACUUCGUUCACUCCUCUUUCCAGAUGAAUCGGAUCCUCAACCACAAACUCAGUCAACUAGCUCGCUUCCUGAUCCUACCUUUCACCCUGAUAUCCUUCUCUCAAUACCUUCACAAUCUCCAACUGCUACUCAGCCUUCUGAAGAGUUCUCAAACCUACAAGAUUCACUCAAGAAUAGCACCACUACUACUACUGAGACUCAAACCGCUUCAAGAUCUCAAUCUAUACCUCUCUUAGACCAAUCAGAAGCUCAUCAAGACCUUACUCAAGAAAGACUCCCUACUACUACUACUACUUCCAAACAAAUCAAACUUCCAAAAGCAAAACUAACUCAAUGUAAUCAACUUAGAGAAACGGCUGAGAAAGCAUUAGAAUCGGUAUGGGAAAUCUUGGGUGAAUCUGGUUUGGAAGACCAACUUGAGAUCGAUUCGAGUUCGACUAUCGAAUUGAAAAUCACUCGUGGAUUGGAUCGACAAUUUGGAGAAUUACAUGCCCUUUCAGCCCCGUUCAAAAUCGAAGACCUAGCCUUAAUCUGGCCUCAAUGUAUGACCAACAAAGCCUUAAAACAAUCAUAUCAUUCAGGACCUUCACCGGCCUAUUUUGCCAUUCGAAAAGCGAAUAUUGCAUUUGUGAUUGAAUAUAUUUUGUAUGCUAUGCCGGGUGAAGAAGCGUAUGGAAAGAAUGAUAUCGUCUUUGCUUGUGAAGGUUUCUUGCCUUUGGUUUUGGAUCGUGGAUUGGUUCAGGAUGAAGAAAGUUGGAAGUUGUUUAAUGAAUUGAAAGUUCAAGUUGAGUGGUGGAAUUUUCGUUUCAUGAUUUAUAUUCAACGACUUGAUCAGGGUGGUCCAGAGGAAGCUAAUAGUCGUGUGUUACCUAACUUGUUUGUGGAGAGCCUUUCGAGUUAUUCAGGUGUGGAGAUUGAAGCUACAGUUGAAGCAGCCUUUGAAGCCUUUGCCAAUCAAACCAAGGCUGAGCUUGUAGCAGCAGAAGCGGAUUUAGAUCAACUUCGAAAAGAUCAUCCUUACAUUCCAUUUGCGAUCUCUGCACUUAGGUUAUUAAGAAGAUGUCAAAAGAGAUUAGAUGAAGAACAAGAAAGAUGGGAAGAAGGAUUGAAGUUGAAGACUAAUCGAUUGAUGAUGAUGACAGAUGGUGAAUUGAGUACCGUUCAAGAUGGUCAAGUUGAAUUAUCAAUGAAUUCUAAAAGGAAAAGGAAAAGGAAAUCAAAUCAUCGGAAUCCGACUUUACAAAGAACUGAUGAUAAACAUUCUGAAGUGGAAGAGACGCGGGAGAUGUAUGAAGGGAUGGGAGAUGGAUCUUUGUUGCAAGAACAAGGUGAGAGUCAGAUGGGAUAUACCGAUCAUCAUGGAUUACAUCAUGAUGAUAUUAAUGUGGGACAACAUUCGAGAGAUGAUGAAGAUGAUCCAGAUGGAGAUCCUGAAGGUAAAGGAUUAGGUAGAGGUAAAGGACCAGCAGCAGCACCUAGAAGAAGAUGGACACAAGAAGAAUAUGAAUUGUUAUUAGAAGAAGUUAGAUUACAUUCUAAUAAGUAUGAUUGUAUGGCACAAAUCAUUAAACGACAUGGGAAACAUGGAGAGAUCUCAGAUGUAUUGAGAGAUCAAAAUAAUGUGAGUUUAAAGGAUAAAGCCAGGAAUUUGACAAUGGAAUGGUCUAGACAUGGGUAUCCAGAAGAUAAACCAUGGUUGAAAGAAGCUUUUGCAAGGUUUGCAGUCAAACCACGGAGUCAUGGACAACCACAUCAUGGUAGAAGGAUUGGAAUUGAAGAAGAUAUCAAUAUGGAUCAAGAAGAAGGAGAAGAAGUCGUCGAAGGAGAAGGAGAAGAUCAGCAUGGGAUUAGGAUGGGAAGUGGUGAGAUGGUCUUGGAUCCUCAGAUGGUCUUGAUGGAUCCGAUUAGUUUACCUGUUAAGAAGAAAAGUAAAAGAAAAAGAAGGCUACCCGAGGGUGGUUUGGAGGAAGUUGGAAAUCAGGAGAUCUUGGUUAGUGAUGGUUUGAUUCAGGUUUAUGGAGAUCGAGAUCGAUUGGAAGAUAGGUUUGAAGAUGAUCAGGAUGUGGAAAGGUUAUUUGAUCCUGAGUUGUUGUUGGGAAACACUUCGAAUCAAUUAAAUUUAAAUCAGAAUUUGAAUUUAAAUCAGAAUUUAAAUCAAACUCAAAAUGGGAAUGGGAAUUUGAAUGAUUUGUUGGUGAUUCCGGUUUCAUUAGAAAUAGAAACAGAUGUACCUGUUGAUCCUUCAUUGAUUCAAUUGUGA